AUGAAUAAGAAUAGCUUGACUAUUUGGAUAACUUGGUGGCCGCCGUCAAAGAGUGGAUUGCCUCUAAAAACAGCAACUUCUAUGCCCGUGGAAUCGACCGGCUGCCAAAUAAGGAACUAUGUGUUUUUCUUCUAUCAGGAAGAUAAGAUAUUUCAAAAUGGACAGAAUCAUGUACAUAUUACACAAUCUAGCUACUUUUAUGUGAUUUUGAAAAGUAUUGUGAAUACAGGGAUGAUCACAAGUGGAUGAAGAAUAAUCAUCUAAACUCUUUCUAUUGCUAUUUACCUUCUGCUAAUUUUUGACGGGUGUUACUACAAGUCGAAUGAACCAAAGUUCAAAUUAAAAGAACUGCUUGCUAUUUGGAAUGGCGUUUUCGCAAUAUCUAUUGUUCUUUUUUUUUUCUUUUAGAACGAUAUUGGAGACUUAGAACAUAUUAA